UUGGCCUUUAGGAGAGCUGAUCUCUUAAUAAAAUACAGAACAACUAUCUCAGAAAAACGAAAAUGGGCAAUCAUCAGGCCAAAGAGAGAAGUCCUCAGGGUUUUGAUGUGAAUCAAGAUGCCAAGAAGCUGAACAAAGCCUGCAAAGGAAAGGGAACCGAUGAAGCCACCAUCAUUGACAUCUUAUCAAGCAGGACAUCGAAUGAGAGGCAACAAAUAAAGCAAAAGUACAAGGCGAUGUACGGCAAGGACCUGCAGGAGGUGCUCGAGAGUGAGCUGAGUGGAUAUUUCAAGAAGACUGCCUUGGCGCUUCUGGACCUCCCCAGCGAGUACGAUGCCCGGCAGCUGCAGAAGGCCAUGAAGGGUCUGGGCAAGGAUGAGGCAAUGCUCAUAGAGGUCCUGUGCACAAGGACCAAUAAGGAAAUCAUCGCCAUUAAAGAGGCCUACCAAAGGUUAUUUGACAGGAGCCUUGAAUCAGAUGUCAAAGGUGAUACAAGUGGAAACCUAAAAAAAAUCCUGGUGUCCCUGUUACAGGCUAAUCGUGAUGAAGGAGACGAUGUGGACAAAGAUCUAGCUGGUCAGGAUGCCAAAGAGCUGUAUGACGCAGGGGAAGGCCGCUGGGGCACUGAUGAACUUGCCUUCAAUGAAGUGCUGGCCAAGAGGAGCUACAAGCAGUUACGAGCCACCUUUCAAGCCUAUCAGAUUCUCAUCGGUAAAGACAUUGAAGAGGCCAUUGAAGCAGAAACGUCGGGAGAUCUGCAGAAGGCCUAUUUAACUCUCGUGAGGUGUGCCCGGGACCAGGAGGGCUAUUUUGCUGACCGUCUGUACAAGUCCAUGAAGGGUGUGGGGACCGAUGAGGAGAUGCUAAUUCACAUCUUUGUGACCAGGGCUGAGGGGGACCUUCAGGGGAUAAAAGCUAAAUUCCAAGAGAAGUAUCAGAAGUCCCUCUCUGACAUGGUUCGCUCAGACACCUCUGGGGACUUCCAGAAACUGCUGGUAGCCCUCUUGCACUGAACCAAGCCAGAGCAGUAGGAGCGCAGGGAGGAACCAUCUUUGUCAAGAGCCUGUUCCAAACCAGAUUUGCAAAUGUGACUCCAGCACAAAAAACCUUCAAGAGUCCUGGUUUAUUUUCUUGGCAGCUUCAGGAGUGAAGCCAGGCCAGGCUGUUUAAGUCAGAGACAGUGGCCUCGAGAUGCUUGGGCAGG